UGUGGUGGCAACCGGUGUCUAUGCUCUUCUGCAGGUCCAUCACGCAUUGCUAACUUAAAGCGGGGUGUACCGAUUGUGACUACUGUGCGUCCAUUCAUACAACGAGUGCAAAUAGGAGUGCACGACGAAAGUGAUCUUUCAAUUGAUCACGAGCUCGUCAACUCACCGGACACGUCUGGCUGUCAUUCACGUGAAGCCCAACGAGCGAUCUGCAGCGCUUCUCAUUUGCUCUUCUUUCCGAUCGAACAAGGCUCUUUAGUGUACCCUCCUCUCCUCGGCCGUUUCGCUUGGGGCCAAACGCUAACAACCACCGGCUCCGACCGACAGAAAGUGUAUCUACGGCAUGACGUCACUUGGCUGAGACAGAGGCGAGCUCCACCGGAAUCGCAGUCUCCGGACUGUCCCCUUCCGAGCCAGGAUGGGCAAGAGGAACAUUUCGCUCGAAAAACCCGUCUCCAGCCUCGGCCAGCUCGCUCGAGGCGUCAAUGUAGGCGGCUUGAAGCCAUCCGGCCCGUCCAAGGCGUCGGAAAGGCGGCGGCAGGCGGUGGAGUCUGUUGGCCUGACGGCCGGACUCGAGCUCAAGGUGCUCAGGGUGAGUCGACCAAUGGUGGAGUCGGUAGAGUCGGCGGAGACGUGGCGAAAGAACUGGCCGGGCGAGGAGGCGAACAAAGACCAGAUUGUGCGCGCGAUUGGACGAAUGCGGAACUGGAGUCGCUCGAGGCGAGCCGGUGA